AUGAUUGAUUAUUCAUACCUUGCUCCUCCAAAAGAAGCUCAUGAGAUUGUUCAUACAAGUAAAUAAUUCAAUUUUGAUUUUUAGAGGAUUAUAUCAAGUAUUAAUAGAAAGAGUAGGGAGUUAGGAGAAUCUUUGAAACAGUUGUUUAUGAUUAGUUUGAAAUGGAGAAGGUUAAAGAACUUAAGGAAGAGAUAAAAAAAUAGAAAAUAAUACUUUCUUCUGAGUAAAAAUAUCUAAAUAUUAGUUUAGUUGGAAGGAAAGUGAUUAUUUAAGAAUUAGUUAUGCUGGGAGAUUCAAUAAGAAAGAAGUAAUAAAAGUAUAAAAUUGUUUAUAUAAAAGAAACUUCAAUAACAUAUAGCUUGGAGGUGUAAUAAGAUUUAUUAGGAAAUUAAUUCUCAUUCAGAAUAGUUGUUAAAAGAAGGAAUCUGUUAUCUUUUGGGUAGAGAUAAACAAUUCAGGCCAAUUAUUAUAAUGAAUGCCCAUUAAAUAGAUUAAAAAAAAGUACAUCAUAAGUCCACCAUAUGCUUAGCAUGAUAAAGAAUAAAUCUUAUAAGUUUUAUCAUUUCUUCUGGGAAUAGUAAAGAAGAAUAUGUUAAUUCCAGGAAAGGUGGAAACUUGGGUAUUUCUCUUAGACACUGGUAAUUUAGGAGGUUAAGGUUUGUAAUAGAAAGUUUUGGAAGUGUUAAUUGAUGGAUUGAGUACUAAUUUUUCAGGUUAUCUUGAAAGAAUGUUUGUAUUAAAUCCUUCAAGUGGAAUUAACUUUUUGUGGCAAUCAAUUAAAACAAUUUUGGAUCCAGAGACUAUUAAUAAAAUUAGUUUUCUUCAAUAAAAAGAAUUUAAAUAAUUAAAAGAAUAUAUAGAACCAAAUUAAUUGGAAUAAAAAUUUGGAGGCAAUCAAGUCAAUUUAACAAAAUUUUGGUAUUUAUAUAUUCUAAUUAGGCCACCUUACAAUUUGGAUUUGCCAGAUGGAUAUACAAAAAAAGAUAAUAAAUCUACUCAAAAAUAGGAAAUAAAAAUUUAAAAUAUGAAAAUUGAAGAAGAGGAAGAAAAUGAUCCAUAUGAUUAAGUAGAGUUUAAUUUAAACGAUUUUAUGAAAUAGUAAUAACAAAUAUAUUAUGGAGUUUCUAAUAAUGAUAAUAAUAAUAAACAAUUAUAAAUUUAAGAUGAAGAAUAAAUUGAUAAAAAAUAAGAUGAAUUUCCAAACAGAUUUAUUUAAGAAAGAGAACAUUAAACUAAUCCUUAAUAAAUAAAUAAUUAAUAGAUAAUUUUGGAUGAACCUGAAUAACCAGAUCUAUAAUAAUAAAUAGUUCAUUAAGAGGAAGAGAAAAAAUAAAAUGUUCACUAAAAUUAAGAAAUUAAAGAAAGUACUGAGUAAGUUUUUUUGACUGAAAGAUAAAAAAACUGCUAAUAGUUAGGCAAUAAUGAUACAGAAUAAAAUAAAAUAUUAACACAUGAUGAAUAAGGAUUUAACUCAUCUGCAAACAAAUUAAAUGAAGAAAGCAAUGUAGAAAAUAUAUAGAUUUUGCAUUUAGAUCCUGUGAAUAAUGAUAAAGGAUGUUGUUAAAAAUGUGAAAUAUUUUGA